UCUUUUUGACUCUCUCUCACUCUUUCAAGUGUGCCCUUCUUCUUCGAUAGCAUAUAAAACAUCCACCAUGUUCCAUACAGAUUUACAUGUUCAUCUUCUCAGCACUCCUAUUGUUUAGCAGUAGAGAGAAUACUAUGGAAAUGACAGCUCUCUAUUUCUCUAUUUGAAAUCUGAGAAUACUUGCUAUGGCUCGACAGCAGGAAGAGGGAUGGCCAUUGGGUUUGCUGCAGCCACUGAAUGAGAGAGUUGGUGGUUUGGUCAGAAACAGUGGGUUUUUUGGAUCAGCAUCUUUCCACACUUUUCUCAGUGCUUCUCCUCCUACUUCCUCUUCUGAUUCUACAUCAGAUUUGGAUAGAGAGUCAACAGGGUCAUUCUUCCAUGAGAAGAGCAUAACUCUUGGGAGCUUAUUGGGUGUUUCUAGCAUUGUAGAUCUCUCUAGAACUAGAACUAGAACUAGAAAUAGAACAACAUCAAUUAUGAGGAGGAGACCACAAGUUUCAGAAGCCAACAACAACAACAAGAAGACCUACAGGUUCAAACCUAAUUGGUGUAUCUCUCUGUGCCCAAGGGACACUACAGAUGCUGAGACUGUCAACAACAACAACAAUACUCCAUCACUUGGGCACUUUCUUGCAGUUGAGAGAAUGGCUGCUAAUGAACAUAGAAGGAGCCAUAAUAGCCCUCUCAUCUAUGGACCUGAGGAUGAGGUUGCAGUACUGGCUCAGCUUGAUGGUGAACAAAACUCUCUGUUUGUUAAUGGCAGCAUAGCUCCUCCUCCUCAUUCUAGUCCAUGGUUUGGCUCUGAUGAGCAUGGUAAUGGUUAUGGAGGAGGUGUUCCAGUACUGUUCUCAUGCAUGUGUGGACAAGCCAUCCACUAACUAUCUUGCUUUUGUCAAAACCAUCUUCCUUGUUUCUCUUCCGCUGUUUUCGGAGUGAGUAGGGAUUUAAAAUUAAAAAAAAUAAAAAUAUAUAUAUAUAAAUAAAAUAUAAUUAUAUUUUA